AUGAGUCAAGCAGAUACCUCGUCACCAAAGGCACCUACGCUGUACAACAAGGAUGCGUAUCCUGCAACGCCAUUAACCUCCGAAGGAUCAGCGAACUUUCUGCAGAAUAGUCAGCGUGUGCCGUCGAAUCGAGGUCACCACAUCCCCAUCCUCUCCGUCUUUGAGGAUGCUCUCAACGACGCGGAAGACCAAGCCAAUGCGCGCGACCCAACUCGCAAGGCAUCAAAACCAAAACCAUCAGCAGCUGCUGAUGAUCGCUACACCAUCACAAGCCGCCAUGAAGAUGACAUGGUUAUCGGCGAGUCACUUGUACAAUCACCGAAGACAGAAAAGGCUAAACAAGCUCUGAUCGCCAUGCUCCCUCCAUACGACCAGCUUACCAAACUUCUCAGCACUAACAGUGGUUGGUGGCACACGUGGCGACGUAAGUGUAGUGGUACUUCGGGGCCGAAUCAGACGCUACCCCAGUUCGCGGCGCAUGCUUUAACGACGGGUAAUAUUGGCGCUAUCGGUACUGUCUUGCUGUCUGUUGGUAUAUGCGCAUCUGAUGAGAAUGGCGAUGUCGAUAAGUACGUUGAGGCUGUUGAUCGGUGGGUGCUCUCGGAUGAUGAGUAUGCGGCUACUCUCGAGGGCAUGGAGUGUCUCAUCCUGAAGGCGAAGUGGUAUGCCGAUGUGGGUCAGCCGCGGAGAGCUUGGAUCGCGUAUCGCAAGGGAUUGAUGUAUUGCCAACUCAUAGGCCUGCACCGCAAGCGUACCUCAUCUGCUGCUCAUGAGAGCAUUUGGUGGGCGCUGUACCACGGCGAUCGCUUCCUAUCGCUUCUUCUCGGCCUUCCGUAUGGUAUUAGCGAUGCCCACUGUGACUUGUCGUUGCCUGAACUUGACAACAGCGAGUUCAUCCACCCGCUAAAUGCCAUCACCAAGGUCUCUCAACUCGCUGGCCGCGUCAUCGACCGCAACCAAGGCAUCACAGAACAGUCGUUUGCGUGGGCCUUGCAACUGGAUCAGGAGCUUGAAGAUCUGUGGAAACAGCUGGAUCCGUCCUGGAUCGACUAUUCUGAGCUCAUGUUGGAUGCUGAAGGCAACGCUGCAGAACUCAGGGAACGUAUCAUGGGCCAGAUCUGCUUCCACCAGAUUCGCGUCUACCUCCACCUACCCUUCAUGCUCAAGUCUGCUUCCAAUACGCGCUUCACAUACUCUCGCACGGCAUGUUUGAACGGAUCUCGCGAAGUCCUGCGCCUGUACCAGGCCCUUCGCACAGGCGGUGUGCAGCCACUUUACGAGUGCAAAGCCGUCGACUUUAUCGGCUUCACCGCCGCCGUCCUCAUCCAAAUAGGCCUUCUCAACUUCGGCAACCUCCCCUCCGCCAGCACGCCCAAAGACGUCGAAGAAGACAUACGCCUGAUCGAAAUCAGCAUCGACAUCUUCCGGCGCGCCUCGACCGAAAAAGGCGGUAAAGUCGCCCUUCAGUCUGCCUCCGUCCUUGAGAAAAUGAUGAGCAAGUUCAAAGGCGGCAAAUCCCACGACGAUUGCACCGGCGACUCAGACUUUGUCAUCCCCUACUUUGGCACCAUCUCCAUCAAGCGUGGCGGCCAGAACGUCCGCACGCCUAUCGAUCUCCCAGACAUGCCGGCGAGAAGCCCCAGUGUAAGAAGUACAGGUACCGCGCCAGGUCUCUACACUCCGUCCUCUGAACACAGCACCACCAACACCGCCGCCUCAGACCUCUUCUCCGCAGCCGCACCUACUCAAUCUCUCAACCUCACGCCCAAAACCUCGCUGCCUGCCAAAUCUGCGCCAACAUCGUCAUUUGCAUUCGCCGACCCCUCGCCCUUCGCCACAUACAACGGCUUCUACAACUGGGACAACCUGAACGCCGAAGACAGCAGUGCUGCGGUGGGAGUUAACCAAGCCCUCGUGAAUGACGACAGCAUGAACAACUUCCCCCUCCCGACGAACAAUUUCUCCUGGCAGCACAUGCCCAUGGACAUCGAUCAGGACUGGAGCUGGUUCUUGAAUGAUAGCCAGACGCAGGGCGCGGGCGCGGCGGGACAGGGCCAAGCGCAGGCGCAGGCGCAGGUUAAUCCAGAUGUUUUUGGCGCGCAGGGGUUUACUGGAUUUGGCUGA